ACUCAAACAUAUAAAUAUGUUUUGAUGAUUACUGCGUUGUAACGUAGUUAGGUUGUGGAAGGUUAUUUGUGAUAAUACUAAGUAUUUAGUAUCUUGCCGUUGAUCUGAAAAGUAAAAUUUGUAUUUUAAAGUGUAACCAACAUUUUCAGAACACGUUAUAAUAUAAAACUAUAAGCAUGCUUUCUAGACAAGUUUUGCGGCCUUCCGUCUACUGGGUAUUUUCACGGAAAGUUCCUCUUGCAGGGGUUGCUACAGCAGCAAUACCACAACCGAUAACUCACCCAGAAGUGCAGUAUACAAAAAUAUUUAUAGAUAACGAAUGGCACAAUUCUGCAUCGGGAAAGACUUUUCCAACCAUCAACCCAGCUACAGGAGAAGUUAUUACCCAUGUACAAGAAGGUGAAAAGGCAGAUGUGGACAAGGCUGUGAAAGCUGCUCAAGAAGCAUUCAGGUUUGGCUCACCGUGGAGACGUAUGAAUGCAUCGGAUAGAGGAAUAUUGCUGAAUCGGUUGGCUGACUUGAUAGAAAGAGAUCGCAUUCACUUGGCUAGUCUUGAAACCUUGGAUAAUGGAAAACCAUACAGUGACGCAUAUAAUGUUGAUCUCAGUUUGGUCAUCAAGUGUAUAAGGUAUUAUGCUGGAUGGGCAGAUAAAGUUCAUGGAAAAACAAUACCAAUUGAUGGAAAUUUCUUCAGCUACACACGCCAUGAACCCGUAGGUGUUUGUGGACAAAUAAUUCCUUGGAACUUUCCUCUUCUUAUGCAAGCAUGGAAACUAGGUCCAGCUUUGGCCACUGGAAAUACCAUUGUCAUGAAGCCAGCUGAACAGACACCCUUGACUGCUCUCCAUGUUGCAGAAUUGAUUAAAGAAGCAGGGUUUCCUCCUGGUGUAGUGAACAUUGUACCUGGCUAUGGACCUACAGCUGGAGCUGCUAUUGCUUUUCACCCUGGUGUGGAUAAAGUGGCCUUCACUGGUUCUACGGAGAUUGGAAAGAUUGUUAUGCAAGCUGCUGCACAAACAAACCUGAAGCGAGUUACCUUAGAACUUGGAGGAAAGAGUCCAAACAUUGUGUUUAAGGAUGCUGAUUUGGACUAUGCUAUUAACACCUCCCACUUUGGCCUAUUCUUCAAUCAAGGACAGUGUUGCUGUGCGGGUACACGAAUUUUUGUGGAGAAAGACAUUUACAAUGAGUUUGUUGAAAGAAGUGUAGAGAAGGCAAAAAGCCGAAAAAUUGGAAAUCCAUUUGAUUCCGAGACACAGCAGGGACCUCAGAUUGACAGUGACCAGUUCAAUAAAAUUCUAGAACUAAUUAACAGCGGAAAAACAGAAGGGGCAAAAUUGCAAUGUGGGGGUGAUCGAUAUGGAGACCAAGGUUAUUUUGUUUUGCCGACCGUGUUCUCUGAUGUACAGGACAACAUGAGGAUUGCUAAUGAAGAGUAUAGGGUAAACUGCUACGAUGUCCUAGAAGCUCAAGCUCCCUUUGGAGGCUUCAAAAUGUCUGGUAUUGGUCGUGAGCUUGGAGAGUAUGGAUUACAGGCUUACACUGAAGUCAAAACAGUGACAAUGAAAAUUCCAGAGAAGAACAGUUGAAAUGGACAUGAGAAGCUUGCAGAAGGUUUAUGUCUUCCACUCGUAUAUAAUUCUUGUUGAGUUUGAAAAUUGUCUCAUCUCUCUCUCUUCCUGGGCAUUUUUCAUGUUCGUAAAUGUGUGUUUCUUCGGAUUGUUAUUAAAUGGUAUCCCUCUUUGGACUAAACCAUAUAUAAUAUAUAUGGUUGAAAUAUACACGAUUUUUUUUUUUUUUCAAUUCUGAGGUACUUAAAAAUGUGUUUAAAAUCUUUUUCAAGUUAUUUUUUUCAUUCUUUGAAAGCUGUACAGUAUGAUAAUAUUAGUUGAGAGAGUUGAUGACUGGAUACUUAUCUUAAAUAGGGCAUGACAAAAUGAUAUAUAAUUAGAAAAAAAUAUUGUACUACAAAUAAGAACAAUAACUGUAUUAUGAAUUUUGUUACCAACUUAUAACAAUCCUUAAUCUUUAUUUUACUGUUGAUUUUUACUAAAUACAUUGUAACUAUUUUUCUAAAUUUGAUAAAAUCCUAAUAAUGUUUAUAGAAUUGCUAAAAACAGCUAUUUUGUUUUGUAACUGGUGCAUUUGAAAGAACAUGUACGAAGAAGGAAAUAGUUGCAUGCUAAUAAUUAAUAGGCUUAUUUUUUAUUAAAAUGCUAUUCCAAAUGUAAGUUCUUAUUAGUGUUAACCGUGUAGAAAACGUUAACGCACAAGAGGAAAGUUUUCCUUUAUGAAUGAGCCUCCUAACGAAGUUAAGUCGAACUGUUUUUGUUAAAUUAACAAAAUACCUCGUUUUGCAUGAGUCGUAUAUUUUUUUAUAACUUAAUA